AUGGACAAGGUCCUCGUUUCGGGGUUGAAGGAGCUGCGGAUUCGGAUGAUGACAAACAUCAAGGAACACGUCGCACGCAGACGGUCAGGCCAUGUCGGAGUUGGUGCCGAUGCCUGUGAAGACGACGCCGCGGAGCCCCCUUCGGCAUCCCAAGCAGUCGGUGUCGCCGACACAAGCGGAGAGGCCGGAGACGGCGUCGACAAGGCAGAUGAGGAGGCAGAGAGGGCUGUGGCGAGGACCGCGGAUCAGGAAAAGGAGGAGGAGGAGGAUGACACCGACGAUCAGGAUGAUAACGAGGAGGAUCGUGAGGAGCGUGAGCAGGGGCAUGGGCAGGAGGAGGAGGAGGAGGAGGAGGAGGAGGAGGAGGAGGAGGAGGAGGAGGAGGAGGAGGAGGACGAGGAGGAGGAGGAGGAGGAUGAUGAGGAGGAGGAGGAGGACAAGGAGGCGGCGGCGGCGGAGGCCGUGGAGCAGGGUUUCGGGUCGGUGGAGCAGGUGGCGGAGGGGGAGAAGCAGCAAGAGGGGGAGGAGGAGGUAGAGUUCCCCUGGGUCGAAUUCGAGAUGGAGGAUGUUGAGGGAGCGGCGGCGGCGGCGGUGGCCGUGGAGGGAGCGGCGGCGGCCGUGGAGGGAACGGGCGGGAUGUCGGCGGAUGUUGUGUACGUGCGAGGGGAGGGUGCCGAUGUGGAGAAUGUCGGCGUGGAGGAGGCGCACGUGGUCGGCAAUGUGGUUGGCGACGCGAAGGAGGAGGAUAACGUCGCGUCCCCGACGCCGACGGGCGUGGAGACCACCACAGGGAACGCAGGGGUGGAACGCCGGGGUGGAGCGGUAGAGGCGGGCCGUCAACCGGGUUUCUCAGCAGCUGGUCGGCAGGCAACGCCGGCCGUCGUCGCGCAGCUGCGACAGGAGAACAUGUGGCUGAGGGCUGAAAAUGCUCGUCUCGAGACGGCGCUCGGAGUGGAGAGGGGUCGGGUGGACAGGUUCGCGAUGGGGAUUGGCCACCUCGUGGACAAGCUCAGGUCGUUGGCCGACCAGGUCGCCGCCUCCGACCAGGACGCGUCGAGUCGGCUGAUGGACGCGUCCUUGACCAUGGCGACGACCGUGACGGAGAACAUCACUGCCAACAUGGGUGAAGCAUGGGAGGCGAUGAAGGCGUACGCCGAGAGGGCGGAGAGCUGGUUGGACGAUCUAGAGAAUCCGGAGGGGGUUAUGGCGGUGCAACGUGCGAACGCGGUCGUCGCCCUGGGCAACCACGUGGACGAAGCGAGGAAGGGAUUGGAGGAAUACAUAUCGAAGCACCUAGUCGCCGCGCAGACCAACAUCGCCGCCGCCGUAACUCAACGCGUCGCCGUCCCGCCGCCCACGCAGCCCGCCCCACCGCCAGCCUUCCCGGACGAGCUCAUGAAGUCUUUCAAGGCGGACGUGUUGAAGGCGGUGACUGAGGCCACCCAGCAGUCGUUUGCUGCGUCCGGGUUAAACCUCAUGACCCAGGUGAUCGGCCAUCUGGCGCCUGGUCGGCAUGGGUCGUCGCCGUCGGACAACGAGGCCAACAAGAAGGGUGCGAAAAGGGCGGGCGGCGGAGAUGAUGCGUUGAGCUCGAAGCGGAGCAAGGGAGCCGAUGGGAGCCGCGGCGUCGGCCAGGCGGCUCCAGGCGGCUCGCGGGGCAAGGGAGCCGAUGGGAGCGGAGGUACGAGCGUGGUCGACCAGCUGAAGAAGAACGGGGCCAAGGUGAUAAGGACGCACAGCAAGGGCGAUGGAAUCAGGAGUGCGGAGGGGGGCCCUGCCGACCAGGUUGCCGCUCAAGAGGCUGGACCAACAGCCCCGCCAUUGGUCGCCGAGAAGCCGGCCAGUCUAGCGACCGCACCAACGGCGAUAGAUGGCGGCGCCAAAACCGUCAAAGGACCGUCCGUCGGAGUGGCGGGGACCACGUCGAUCCCCCGCAAACCCCCUGCGGCUAGCAGCGCGCCGGUCGCCCCGUCAGCCGCCAACAACGAUGGGCCGUCCCUUGCGGCUACUCCAGCACCAGCAGGCACGUCUGCCGCCAAGGUUGACGCGGUGGAUGCUGCGGCUAACCGCGCUGGUCCGUCCGCCCCAAAGGCGAACGCGCUCAGGGAGAUGCUCAGCCGCAUGGAGACCCAUCGACAGGACGUGCAGCAGCCUCCCGUGGUCGGCACCGCGCCGGCCACAACAGCACGUCGCUCGGUCACUCCCCAGGUCGCCGCCACAACGUCCAGUGCCCCACCUACCGCGCCUAUCAUCGCCGCCCGUCCUCCUGUGGACCCAAAGUCCGCGUUGCUUCGCGCCCAGUUAGGCGUACGUACUGCGGCUGCGCCGGCACGGGCUCAGCCGGUAUCCAGCUCAUGCGCGACGCCGACGUCGGUGACCGUAGCUGCACACACACUCGGUGCGGCUACUAUCGAGGCGGUGGCGGAGAAGGGCGUGAGUGCAGCGCUAGCCACGGGCGGCAGAUCAGUUGACCCUGCACAGGCGGCGAAGGACCACAACGACGCCGAUAUCGCUGCCAUCCAGGACCUGUUGGAAGCGGUAAACCGCCCCAAGCAGCCCCCUGUGCUGGCCAUCUUGGACUCGGCGAGUCUCACCGGCUGUACAGCGGAGCCAAAGACGACCACUGCUGCGGUCGGCGCGGGAAAGUCGAAACGGAAGGGGACGGUCGACGCAGGGAAAGCGAGGCCGAGCUCGAAGAAGAAAACACGGGCGACGUCGGCGAUGGUGAAGUCGGUGCAGAAAGGACAGGGGAUGGCGACGGCGAUGGUGGAGAAGGAGACGAAGGAGGAGGAGAAGGAGGAGGAGGAGAAGAAGGAGAAGGAGAAGGAGAAGGAGAAGGAGAAGGAGAAGGAGAAGGAGACGGAGAAGGAGAAGGAGAAGGAGACGGAGGAGGAGAAGGAGGAGGAGGAGGAGGAGGAGGAGAAGGAGAAGGAGAAGGAGGAGGAGGAGAAGGUGGAGGAGGCGGAGGAGAAGAAGCUGGAGGAGGAGGAGGCGGCGACGGAGGAGGAGAAGGUGAAGGUGAAAGAACGGAAGGGUCAUGGCAUCCGCCACGACUCGACGGGCGACAAGCAAGGGUGGGUGGGCGAGAUCAAGGUGGUCGGGAACGAGAGCAGAUACAUCGGCAAGUCCCGCGACAAGAUGGAGCUGGCGUACCUUCACUCCAUUGUGUACCUCCUGUACGACGGUUUCGUCAGCAAGAUCCUCAUGGCCGAGCUCACCGGCCUGGAGGAAACAGUGAUGAAGCAGUGGAGGGCGGUGUGGAAGGAAGUCCGGUUCUUGCCGACUGGGAUGUGGACGGUGAUCUGGGCAAGGGGCGCGUUCCUCCCAAGGACACGGUUCGACGACAUCCUCGGGAAGUAUAGAGCGUACAAGACAUCAGGCGAUGCGCACCACGACGCGCUUUUGCCCGCGAUCUGGUUCCCCGUCGAUGCCGACGGGAAGUCGGAUGCAAUGAUGUCGGCCAUGCUUGAUCGCGUGUCCUUGUGCGCGGCGUAUGGGGAGGUCGCUGCAUCCGCGGCGAGAAUGGAGGGCGACACGGAUCAGAAGACGGCGAAGGUCGCACAGGCGCUGUCGGCCUCAGCUUGCGCACUGUGGUGCUUAGUCGAGGGCGACGGCGCCCAGGUGGCUGAUGCCGUCCGCGAAGGGAAGGCGGCGGCGAUGUUGGUCGGCGCCAGCGAGACUACCGCCGCCGAGUUCAAGAAGGUCAUGACGGCGGUGCUGGAGGCCGCGAUCAGCAGGCAGCAACCCCUUGGGGAGGUUGCGCACAACGUCGCACCGGCGCUGGAGUCCACCGCUCUGGCCAAAGCCUAUCCGGGGUUGGAUGUUGAAGCCGAGGCCAAACUGAUCGCACGAGCGACGGUGGAAACCCUCGCGUUCUGGGGAAUGUGCCCCGUGGAUGGGCCGAAACUCAGGAAGAUCGGCAUCGCGGUGCCGCUUGACGCGCAGAUGGAGUACGACAUCGAACACAGGGGGAGGAAGAGGCCGAGGGGCAAGCAGGGCAAGGACAGCUCGGGGAAGAAGGGGAAGAAGGGCAGAGCGGGCAAGGACAGCACGGCGGCGUAG